UUACAUGAGAAAGUAAAAAAUUUAAUUUCGAAAAAUACGUAAUAACCUUGAAAUUUAGAAACAGGAGUAAUUAAUAAUUUAUACUGUUAUAAUAAAUAAAAGGGUAAAACAAAAACGAGUAUCGAUUCAGGAAAAAAACUUAAAGAAUAACUACACGAGAAUUAAGGAAAUGCCUGGAACUACAUAUUUUCAACAUGUUAUUAUGAAAAUGAAAUAAAAAUGAUUGAAAUUUCAAUAUAAUAUUCCUGAACCAGUUCGAAAAUUAUUGCAAUUCAACCAAAGAAUAUUUAUAAUCAAGAAUAUUUAUAAUCAUGUUCCAAACCGAUUCAUACACUUCUUUCUCUUAUACACCAGAACUUGAAAGUACACAAAACCAUGAAGAAACAAUAUAUACAACAAGACCAAAACAUGUUGAUGUUCAAAUUUGGAUGUUUAAAGUAUUUAUACCUUUGUGUGCUGUAAUAAUAAUUGUAGUGAAUUUUGUUAUUGUUGUCUCCAGUGGCCUUAUAUUACAUAGAGGUACUCAGCAACCUCGAAGUACAUAUAUUUUUCUGGGAAAUGUCGCCUUAACUGAUCUUCUUAUGGGAAUAACAGUUUUAUUUGGACUUUAUUAUCCAGAAAUGCACAGAACUGAAAUGAUAUGCUGUGUCAUACUCGGCUUUACAGUUGCAUCCACACUUGUCUCAUUUUAUAGCGUUGGUUUGAUUGCAAUUGAUCGUUAUCUCUAUAUUCUGUAUGGUUUACAAUAUCAACGUUAUAUAUCGCCUAUGAGAGCAAGAUUAAUGAUAUUAACUACUUGGAUUUUUGGAUUAAUUAUUGGAUUCUUACCUGCAAUGGGAUUUCGUAAUAAUACAAAUGAUGGUCAGCUCUGUUGGUUCGUUAUUCUAUUUACAUCCGAAAUAAUAUUUGUAACAGCAUCUGCUGGCAUAAUUCCAUUGAUUUGGAUUAUUGUGUUAUAUAGUAUAAUAUUGAAACAUGCAUUAAGGAAGAUCAAUGAAUUAAAAAAGGCUGGAGAAAAUAUUGAAGGAUUUCAAAGUGGAAAUUUAAGAUUGUUUCGGGGCGGAAAUAGAAAUUAUACUGUAUCCGUUUUAGAAGAUGAAAGAGAAAACUUUGAUGAUACAAAUUCAAUUGAUUCGAAAAAUUCCGGUAGAAAGUAUUUUGGAUUAUUUAGAAGAAAACAUAAGAAAAAGUAUACAAAAGAAAAUUCAGUUUAUAAUCCAAGUAAAUGGAAAGCAAUCAAAAUUGUUUUGUUUACAACUGGCAGUUUUUUUAUAACUUGGUUCCCAUUUUAUAUAGCAUCAGUUUUAUAUGCUGUUUGUAAUCCAGAAACUACACCACGAUAUUGUGAUAAUUUACGUGUUGCUCUUGCUAGCCCAUUAUAUAUAUUGGGAUUAACAAAUAGUAUUUUAAAUCCAAUAAUAUAUGCUUGGUGGCAUAAUGGUUUCAGAAAUUCACUUAAAAAUAUAUGUUGUCGUAAAAAAUUGUAUAAAUCGACAUUGUUACAUAAAGCUUCAACUAGAACUAGAACGUCUGCUCUGUCAACAAAUAGUUCAUUAAAUAGAAAUAAUCAUAGUAUAAGAGUUGAAGAGAAUAAUUCUGAAAUACAACAAAUCGAAAAUUCUAAUGUUGUUGGUAAUUCAAGUGGCAUAACUUCUGGAAGUGAAUUAGAAAGUUCAGAUAUAGAACAAGGAACAUCAGCAAUAUUAAAAUCAAGGAAAAAGCAAAUUAAUAGAAAUGUAAAUCACAAUAUGGUUUAAUUAAUUUGCAUUAAAGGAUAUCAAUGAUAUUGUCAAUGUUGAUAAAAAUAUAUUUAUGAGCAGUAAAUUUAGUAAAACUUAUA